AUGCUUGGUAAAGAAUUUUCAAAUGAUUCCUUAAACGAAUCUUUAAAUGAUUCUAAUGAAAGUUUUGAUUUUGAAAAUUUAAGUAGUAAUGAAAAUAAUGAAGUUAUAGAUGAAAAAAUUAAUUCUUUAAAUAACAAAAAUAAUACUUCAAAUAAAUGUAAAAAACGUAAUGUAACAUAUAAAAAAAACAAGGGCAAAAGAAAUAAAAAUAAAACCUUAACAAUCGAAGUAGACAAUGAAGACAAUGAAUGUAGUGAAAUAGGAUCAAAUUUUACUAAUAAUUUUGAAGUGAUUGACUUACAAGAUUCCGAUAAUAAUUCUGAAUUAGAAGAUUCUGUUGAAGUUAUCGAGGAAAUAUCAAAUAACAUUUGCAGAAGAAGUGCAAGAAUAAAAAAAAAGUAUGGGAAUAAUUACAGUUUGAAUGAAGAUAUCCUUUUAGAUUAUCACUCUCUUCCCACAUAUAAUAAGAAACCUUUUAAUCAGCAAAUAAAAAGAAAAAGAAAAAAUGUACCAUUGAAAAACAGUUCUGCAGAAGUUAAUUCAAAAAAAAGUUUAAAUGAAAUUGAUAAUGUGAAAGAAGAAGAUCUUAAUCCUGAAGUCACAGUAAAAGUUAUUUGGAAAUCAAUAUCGGUGAAAAAAUUUAAAAUAAGAAAGUUUCAAAAAAUUUCUAAAAUACAUAGAGAAUUAUCGAAAGAAGAAAAUGUGCCUGAAAAUAAAAUAAUAUUAACAUUUAAUGGUAAUAAAAUAAAUGAUUGUGAUACACCGAGUUCGUUAAAUUUACAAGUGUUUGAUUUUCUAGAAGGUGGUUUAAUAAAAGAAUCGACAAACAAUAGUAAUUCUGUUACAAUUAACACUGAAUAUGAUAACUCUAGUGUACUUUUAAAAUUUCAAGAUUCAAAUAAAAAAGUUAUUAAUUUACCAUUAAAAAAAAAUGACUUGAUAAAAUCAGGCAUGAUUAGGUAUGCUGAACAAAUAGAAAUCCCUUUAGAAAAAAUUAAAUUUUUUUUCGAUGGUGAAGUAUUAGAUCCCCUAGAAACACCCUCAUCGAUAGAUAUAUAA